ACAUUGACUGGUUGUGUGAUACAGUCAAGUUUUCCUCUCUUCCUCUUUGGGUACACCACUCCAGCACACGGGCCGGAGAUAUGUGGACCGUGGGGCUGCUCGUCUGUUACCUUCACUGUGUGUGUGCAACUAGUGUCAACAUAUCCACUGGGACAAAAUACCUCAACAUAACCGAGACUGAGAACACAUGGUGGGACGCUCGGAGAAACUGCACAACGGAGCAUGAGAGAGAUCUGUAUAUUGCUGAUAAAGAACCCCUUCCUUCAGUCUUGGAUGGAAUUCUCAACAACGACACCUUCUACUGGGUGGGAGCCAUGAGGUAUUCAACGUGGAUAUGGACAGCCGAUGAAAGUCCGCUGUACAGCUAUGUCGGGUACAGCGGCAGUGGACCAGGUUCAGCCGCCAAAUACCUGCCUUAUAACUCUGUGUAUGAGUGUCAUCUUGCAUGUACAAAGAUGUACAAGAACAGAACAUUUGACAGAACAGGGCUGAGCGUAAGAGUUAAUAUUGUAUUGACUUCUGGGUCACACUUACUGUUUAUAGAGAAAUUUUAUGAAACGAAACUUUUGGCAAUGUUGGCACUCAUUUAAUUAACCUACGAAAACAAGUGGUCGCUAAAGUAUGAUAAAAACAAUCCCUUUAUUACUAUUCACAGAUUAAGGAUAAAUAAAUGCAGUAAAGACAGUUUGGAUGAUCCCGGCACUGUCAGACUCUCAAAAACAGCCUUCUGUAUUACCCAGAGUAUCACAAGGGCUGUAUUUCUGGCAUCAAACCCAGCUACUCUCCCAGUGUUAAGCUAGAGAUUGGGAGUACCGGACCUAAUGCAC